GUAUGUCUAGAUAGACAACCCUAUAACAUCCUGUACGGAGAUAAGAAAAUAUACAUCUUCUCGACUUUACUGCCUUCCAGCGUACACGACGACGAGGGUAAAGAAGGUGGAAUCGCACCGACGAGUCCACCGCCGACGACGUGUGCGCAGUGAAACGAACAGGGCGAACUGCGACGGGAUUGCUGCACCCCUUCGAGUGGCUUCGGGGUGGGUGGCAGGUAGUCCCACUGGCCUGGCAUCGUUCUCGCCACCGACGUCGCGUCGUGAUACCGACGUUCACGUUUCGUUGUACUAUCGACUCGCGAGGGAGAUAUAAAACGCAUGUUAUUAAUCGCGACACGAAAACACAUCUCGCGACGUACGCUUGACGUGGGAUCGAUGUUCAACGACGGGCGGCCUGUGGAGAACGGUCGAUGACGUCAAGUAACGAGAGACAUGUAGACUGUUCGAUGUGAAGAGACUGGGCAACGAAAGUGGAUGCAACAAAAUUUCCCAAAGGACAACGAAUAAAUUUCCCAAAGGGAAGAAGCAUCGACGAUCGUGUUACAGAGCUAGAAAAUGAGAAAUAGGUUUUCGUGACCGUAGUAAAGCUUUCUUAAUCAUUUGUGAACAAAUACACGCAUCAUCUGUUUUUAAAGUCAUUUCCGAGAAACUAUUUCAACAAAUAGGACGGAUACCUAAGAGACGGCUGAAGGGAUAAAUCAAGAUAAAUCUCAGAAAGAGAGAGAGAGAGAGAGGGGAGGGAGGAGAAGGAGGUGAAACGUUCCAAGGGGUUGCUUAUAUCGAGUGCAGGGUUGGUGACAGGUACAAUAGAGUCAAGAAAGAAGUCGAAGGAGUGACGUUUCUCUCGAUUGAGAAAUAAAGAUAUCGUUGAAGAAGCUGCGUAGCAGGUUGAUAUACAUAAAGUGGGGACGUUGUGGAAAUGGGUCAAGAGUGUCUUGACGAUGGCAGUGUGGCAGCUUCUAUUUAACGUGUCCCGCGUCGAAUUGUGCUUGAAAUCUAUACGUGUGCCAUAUCGAACGCAAUACAACGAUUAAUACUAGUGACAGGUCCUUUUGAACAGAAAAAUUGCAAAUGAUAGUGCUGCAACAUUAGUAAAUCGUAAUAAGUGUGUGUCAUUAUGCGAAUUUCAAAUCGCGUGACUGUUUCUGUGAUUUAACGAACUAAACUAACAAUCUGUGCGUUUAUCGCGGAUUAAAUUUGCAAAUUAAAUUUACAUCUUUAUAAGCAACUAUUUUUUUAUUAAUUGAUGUAAUACAAGACAAUUAAAAAUGUAUAUAUGGAAUUAAUUUAAAUUUCAGCUUACAAACGAUACGAACUACACUCGCGUCCUCUUUAUUUCACGAUUGAUAAAAAAUCCAUAGAUUACUCUAAAUGUUAAUUCCGAGAUUAAAGAAUUUACAACGAUGCCAAAGAACUAGUUGAUCUGUGAUGUAACGAACGCGAGAUCAUCCAAAAAGUACAACGAGAAUCACAACGAGGAACCCAAGUUCGAUGCAUCCCGAGGUGCAUCGCACGAGAGAUGCGUUUAUCGCGGUAGAAGCAUAUCCGGUCAUCGUCCACGUACUGAAAUACGCGAGUUGUCAAUGUGAUCGUGUCGUUACCGUUUCUCUUGAGGAGACGUAGUCGUCUCCUCUCAGAUUGACGAAUUCAACGAGUCUUCAGUCACUUUUUAUGAUUUACGGAUCGCACAGAGCUACAGAGUCAGCAACCAUCACGGGGAUCGCUUGGCUUCACAACAUCACCGUUCAAGGUGAAAUGAGCAGUAGCGGUGGAUUCGGUGUCGGCGUCGGCGUCGCCGGCGUCGCCGGCGGGCCGACCCUCGCGGCCGCUCAGCAAGGUCAAGGAGUGGCCGCCCUUAUGGUGAUGCUUGCCGUUCUGUGCUUCAUCUUUGCUUAUUGCUGUUGGGGUGCGCCCUUCUGCCGAUCCCUAUGCAGACGACAUUGCUGCUGUCGUCUGGAAGAUCCUGAUCCGGAUCCACGGUUCGGCGGCAGCGAUCAGGCCAUGGUAGCAACGCCGACAAUCAUCCUCCUGCCACAUGGCAGAAUGCUUGUUGUCGACGGCACAAUUUUCACUCAGUUCCAGACUGACCCUACAGGUUUAGACUUGGUGGAACUUGGCGAUAGUGUAUUGCGCGCUCAGAGAAAUCCACGAAGCGUAAAUCGUCAUCAGUUACAGAGCAGUCAAGGCAGUAUCCUUGAAAUGGAUGCUGAAACACCUAGCAAAGAUAGCUUAGGUUCAGUCGGAUGUUUCCCGCCGCCUACUUACGAGAGUAUUUACGGCAAAGAGGAAACUGACAUGCCUCCUUCAUAUUCUGAUAUUCUUUUACACAGAUUCGCCAAUUUACCACACGAAAUUGAUAUGCAUAGUUACUGUCGUGAUGGCAAAGAAGAGAUUGAAAUGCAGAGUCUAGACAACUGUCCGCAUAUCAUUGGUAAUCCAUUAAACUCGAUACCUGGAUAUCAUCCUUAUGCUACGGUGACAAGUCUAUCUAGUCUGCAGAGCUACCCGCGACGGAACGUUUCGCGCAAUCCGUCCAUUAUCAGCAAUCCAUUAGACAACUUUUACGUGGACAACGAGCUUAGUCUCUAUCGACUCAGUCGGGAGACGAUGCCGCGGGUCUCCAGUAACGAUGCGAACCUCGAGACCUUCCGCGCGUCUCACGACGAGAUGUCUUUCCGUGUUCCGCUCGAUGAGAACGAGAAUCAUCGGCACGCAAGCCGUAACAAUUAUCAAGUCGCUGGCAAUGAACUGAUGAAUACGAGGAAUCGCGCCCGCAGCGCUUCCAGAUUGAGCCAGGAUAGUCGUAGUUCAUUGAAUCGCGAUGGAGACCAACAUCAAGUUUUCGUCAGGUUGCCUGAUCCCGAAGAAAUCGAGGCUGCACGAGAUAGACGUAUCGAUGAAGAUCAGCGAUCUCGAAUGUACCGCGAGGAUCAGAACAUGAGGAAUUUGCAUCUUGAUCAUCCCCAAUUGCAAGAUGAAAUCAAUCGCAACAUUGUUGAGGAUGAUCCCAGAUACUUUGCGAGGAACAGGCGAUUGGAGAAUGAAGACAGAAAUCAGGAAGCUGAGGCAGUUCAGUAUCCCGAUGAGGAAGCCGGUAAUUUCGGCGCGCUCGCCGAUAUUCGCGAGAGCAGAGUGUAAUCUAGACUUUUAAUUGUGCGUUCGCAUUUUUUCGAGUGAUUGCCAAAGGGGCAUUAACCGGAUAUUGUCAAAAAUUCUUUAAAAGUACGUAGAAAAUUUCGUUUGAUUUUUCGUAACAAGACGUAAUUCAAAUUUGAAGAAACGUUUAUGACCAAAAAUUAUUUUUAUCUUCAUCAUCUUUAUUAAAAGCUUGUUAAAAAUGUCGUAGCAUUCCAGUUUAUAAUUAACGUUAACAUCUUCUUUUAAUUUCGUGAAAAGGAAUUUAUUCGUGCCCUUUAUACCAUGUGAAUUUGAUAUAUGGUAUACAACAUCUCGCACGAUAGAGAAAGAAAGUUGCGUGACAAGACAAUUUAACAGAAAUUGCGACAAGUUUCUAUUUUAAGUUAUAGGAUAUUAUUUCAAUCAUAUUUACACACAAAUAAGUUGAUAUCAGGAUGAAAAUCGAAUCAAGAAGUUGUGGUUACAAGAUAAAUAUUGCAUUGUGCAGAAAAUAUAAGACGAUGUUAUAACUGUAUAUGUAUAUAUAUAUGUGACAAUAUAAUUGUACGUGACAAUUUAGUAAAAUUCGUCACACAUACACGUACAUACACACACAUGCAUAUUUCUGACAGAUGAUCGUACAGUAUUGAACAACGAUUUUUUCUUGAAAGUAUAUAAUGUAUGGCGACCAGAAAAGAUUGGAAAGAGAAAAAAGAAAACAUAAAGAUAAUCACAAGUUCUUUUGAGACAUAUUGGAUAAUGUGAAAUAUUGAAAAUACCAAAGUACAGUUUUUACAAAAUAAUGUAGAUAAAGAUUUCAGUCAUGCUAUAAAUUAUGUUACAUAAUCGAAGUCCUUCCUGACAAGAAAACAUCGAUCACAAGAAGUUAUCAAAAUUCGAGCAGUUUUAAAUGUGAACGUUUGUAUGGGAAACAUUGUGUUUAAAUCUAACAAACGAAUCAUAGCAAAGUUAGUUCAGUCCGUCCAGGCUUUAACAAGCGCGCUUAAGUUUCACAAGCAUCACCCAUAGCAAUUUAAUCAUGAUUAGCAGUUUCCUUCCCUUUGAUAUUUUAUAGAUAAGCGCUAAAGAGAUAUCAUGCCCAUUAAAUGGUGUUAUACCAUUUAAAAAAUAAUAUGCUUCUUAUAUUAUUUAUAAAAUACACUCUCUUCACUAUUUUUGAAUGGUACUAUCCAUUGGAUACAUCGAACGAUUUUAAUAUUUGUGAAAAGUGAUAAGACAGAAAUGUCUGACAAUUAAGAAAGAAAAUGAAAUAAUAUAACGAAAAUUAAGCAAAACAGUUAAGUGAAAUGUAUUACAUAUUAGUGGAGUUUCAGGAACCAAAGAAGGAUCUGUAUUGAAAUUGGAUUAUCAGAUACAGCAAAGUAUCAAAAAUCGAAGCAUAUUUCAGAAAGUGAACGGUGUUGGCUUUAGAUACACUUCUUAUGUACACAUAUAUACGUGUAAGACAAUUAUAAAAGGAAUAUAAAAGUUAUACACACGUUAUCACUGUUACCGUGUAUCAUAGGGACAAAUCACUGACCGAAAGACACUGAGAAUAAAAUUCUGUGCGUGAAGCGUAUAUAAAUACUGUGUGCCUUCCUAGUUUUUAGAUUGCUAAAUGAACAAUAUAUAGACAACAGAAUUUUUCGUUUUACAAUAGCUGAUUAUUUCGACCAAGUUUUUUUUCUUCUUUUAUUUUGAAUCUAAUCAUAAUAAAACGAUAAGAAGCAACUUAUUUUGUAAGAUAUAAUGCUAUUUUAUCGAAAAGAAAUAUCUCCUUAAAUAUAAACGAUCAAUAUAUCAAUAAAUUAAUAAACGAUAUCGAUUUAAAUUUUGUUUCUGAUAAUGAGAAAUAUAGUUUACAUUGUACAUAUAUAUUAUUAUAUUUAAUUAUAAUGAAUACUGAAUUGUAAAAACGGAAGGCAAGACUAGUUAUACUCUAUGAAUGCACAAAUCAGUAAAUUUAUACUUAAGUUUUUGUGGGAUUCCUGUUUAGCACUACCAACUCAGAUCGUGACGUCAAAAACGAAAAAA